UGUUUUCAGAAGUCCCCUCUCCUUCUUGUACUAGGUCUAACGAGGACGGACUCUGUAUAAAUCCCAUCGAUCUCUUCCCGGAAUUUUACCAAAACCCUUUUUUCUUCUCUAUAUUUAAUCUCCGUUUCAUCAAACCAAUUCUCUUGCUCAAUCCCAAGUUGUUUUUUUUACAGAAGAGAAUAAUAAGUGAGGGGUUUGUCGUAAGUAGAGAGAAUCAAAGAUGUUUACACGGAUUUUUGGGAAGCCUAAGCAGGAGCCAAAUGCUCUAUCAUCGUUAGCUAAGUUGCAUGAGACGCUCGAAAUGUUAGAGAAGAAAGAGAGUCUUCUUCUAAAGAAGGUUUCUGCGGAGGUGGACAAAGCUAAAGAGUUUACCAGAGCGAAGAACAAGAGAGCUGCUAUAACCUGUUUGAAGAGGAAAAGGCUGCUAGAACAGCAGGUCGAGCAACUUGGAAAUUUCCAAUUGCGAAUUCAUGAUCAGAUGAUACUGAUUGAAGGUGCAAAAGCUACAACAGACACUGUUGAUGCAUUGAGGACUGGAGCAGCUGCUAUGAAAGCUAUGCAGAAAGCAACUAAUAUUGACGAUGUCGACAAGACAAUGGAUGAGAUCAAUGAGCAAACACAAAACAUGAAAGAAAUUCAAAACGCACUGGCAAAUCCUAUUGGCUAUGACUUUGAUGAGGAUGAAUUGGAGGCUGAACUCGAGGAACUAGAAGAAUUAGAGUUGGAGGAGCAAAUUCUUGAUACAGAAACAACUUACCCUGUACCUCCAGUCCAUGUCCCACAAGUAAAUCAACCAAAUCGUCGUCCUCUUAACAAGAACUCCAAGGAAGAAGACGAGUUCGCCACAUUAGAGAAAGAGAUGGCAAUCUAAACAGUGUUUGCAGAUCAAUUGCAUUUUACUUUUGAUGAAUUCUCAUUGCUUGGCCAGCUCUACUCCAUUUCCAGGUUUAUGUUUCCGCAGUGUGCAGCAAAAUUUGCUGGUUAGAAAACAUUUGUACAGGUGGGUUAUAAUAUCCAAAAAAGAAGACAGACUUUCUCCCAUUUUAAACAUGUAAUCUAAUUUCUCAUCUUGCUUCUCAAUUUUUUCUGUGAUUACUGAUUGCAAGUAUAAAUUUUAUAUCAUCAAUUGAAUAACGAAGUACAUAAUAGCUUAUUUGCCA